UGAUUUCAGUCUGGGUCCAGUCUUGUCACAGUAGUGAGGGGCGCCUUUCCGUUUCUCUGGCGCUCUGGGAUUACUAACCGUGUGACGCAUAAAACUAGCUAAAACUAACAACUCUGCCUUCUUCGCCGCUUCUUCUCUGCUCUGAGAGACAACGACGAAUCUUCUUUUUUGUUUUUUUUUUCCACACUGGAGGUGCGAAGGAAACAAAUAAGGUACACUGACAGCUGCUGUCUCCACCAGCCUGUACCAACCUGCUCUACUCGCCUGCUUGUUGGAUUGCUGUUUGAAAGCUAAGUCUUUUACUAGGUAUGAUGGCGUCCUAAACGAAGACACUAUCGUCUGCCAAAGUUGGAUCAAGAAGUUUGCUGAAGACUGAACUUUCAUAGAGGAGGAACCUCAAAGGGGGUUUCAACCCCUGACACCCCACCAACCACCCAAACCUCAAUACCCCGCCUCUUACACCCGCCCUGCUGAGGUCACUUCCUGAGAGAAGUAGGAGGAGCUAAAGGUUGGUGGAUCAUUGGACGUGACAAAACAAGUCUGUGGGAGGUGAAUCUGCUGUGGGCCAUGUGUUUCUGGUGAGGUCUCAUCUUCUGCCAAAAUGAGGCUAAUGCCUGGCUCGCCUCGACCCGUCCUGCCAGCCAUCCUGGCUUUCACCUUAGCCACCUUCUUACCUCAGCUGUCCUCAGGAGCAACGCCGUUCCCCCAAGACCUGGAACCAAUCAGCUUUGUGGGCAGAGAAUCCUCCUACCUCUACCCCAGCUUCCAGGGACUCAUAGCAGACAAUGACACUGUCCGCCUGGGCCUGGACUUCCAGAGGAUGCUGAGGAUCAACCAUGUGCUCUACAUUGCUGCCCGAGACCACGUGUUUGCCAUCAAUCUUGCUACUUCAUCUGAGCAGAUAAUCCCACAGCAGAAACUGACUUGGAAGACGAAGGAUGUGGAGAAGUGCACUGUGAGAGGGAAAAACAGCGACGAAUGUUACAACUAUAUCAAAGUGCUGGUGCCACGAAACGACGAGACGCUUUUUGCCUGCGGCACCAACGCCUUUAACCCCACCUGCCGUAACUAUAAGAUGUCGACACUGGAGCAGGAAGGGGAGGAGGUGGUGGGACAGGCUCGAUGUCCCUUCGAGUCCCGCCAGUCUAAUGUUGGCCUUUUUGCAGGUGGUGACUUCUACUCAGCCACCAUGACAGACUUCUUGGCGAGUGAUGCAGUGAUUUACCGAAGUCUGGGAGAAAGUAGCCCUGUUCUGCGUACAGUCAAGUAUGACUCCAAAUGGCUGCGAGAGCCCCAUUUCCUCCACGCUAUUGAGUACGGGAACUAUGUGUACUUUUUCUUCAGCGAGAUCGCAGUGGAGUACACCAGUCUUGGCAAGGUGGUUUUCUCCAGAGUUGCACGUGUUUGUAAGAAUGAUAAUGGCGGAUCACCGAGGGUGCUGGAACGUUACUGGACAUCGUUUCUCAAAGCCCGGCUAAACUGCUCUGUCCCGGGCGACUCCUUCUUCUACUUCGAUGUUCUGCAGUCGCUGACAAACGUGCUGCAGAUCAACCACCGGCCGGCCGUGCUCGGCGUCUUCACCACACAGGCAAACAGCAUCACCGGCUCAGCAGUCUGUGCUUUCUACAUGGACGACAUAGAGAAAGCCUUCAGUGGCAAAUUCAAAGAGCAAAGGAACAGUGAGUCAGCGUGGACACCUGUUCCAGAGGAGCAGGUCCCAAAACCAAGGCCGGGAUGCUGCGCGGGUGAGGGCCAAGCAACUGCCUACAAGUCGUCCACCACUUUCCCUGACGACACCCUGACUUUCAUCAAGUCGUACCCGCUGAUGGACGAGGCCGUUCCCUCGGUCAACGACAGACCCUACUUCACACGUACCACGAGCAGAUUCAAGUUGACCCAGAUUGCAGUGGACACAUCUGCGGGGCCAUAUAAGAACUACACUGUGGUUUUCCUGGGCUCAGACAACGGCCAUGUGCUGAAGAUCUUGGCCAGCACAGAGGGAGCCAACGCAUCCUUCAGCACCCAACUGCUGGAGGACAUCGACGUCUACAACCCUAACAAAUGCAACCUGCGGGGGGAGGACAGGAGGGUGCUGGGUCUUGAGUUGGACCGGGAUCAUCAUGCGCUGUUUGUGGCAUUCUCUAGCUGUGUGAUCCGUGUGCCGCUGAGCCGCUGCUCUGACUACAGCACCUGCAAGAAAAGCUGUCUGUCUUCAAGAGACCCUUACUGCGUUUGGCUCAAGUCAGGCAGCUGUGCCACCAUCUCACCUGGCUUCAAAAGUGGGUUUGAACAGGAUGUAGAGAACGGUUACCAUCAGCACCCAGAUACCUGCCACGAUGUCCUGGCAACCACUCGCAAGCAAAACACGGCACUAGAUUCAGCAUAUGGGAAGACCACACCCACAAGCGCCAGCACUACCUAUCAUGCGGCGGCAUUCCCAAAGGAGGCAGGUGACCCUGAAAGAGGUACAGGUCCUGAUGGCCCUCCCCCUGUGGGGGAACAAGGGUCACCUGACUCGGAGCCAAUCAGUGUGGAGAUGGAGGGUGUAAGGCGGCCACCAGAGCUGGAGAAGACCAAUCACAGUGUUCACUAUACUCUCCUGAUUGCUUGUGUUUUGGUGGCCUUUGUCCUUGGCGCUUUCCUCUCUGGCUUCCUGGUCUCCUGCUACUGUAACCACACGGGCCACAAAACCAAGAAGUUGUCGAAAGAUCCUGAGGCCCCGAUUCCGCACGCCUUGUCUCUCCGCAGCCUAGCCAAGCUUAAUGGCCUCCUGGACAGCCAGAGUAAGGACGAUAAGCUGGAGGUGUCUCCGAAGAUGUACAACUCUUUCUUCGCCAGCAGCAAGGAGCAUCACCAACCAAGAAGAAACGGCCAUCAUGGAAUGACAAUGGGAGACCUGGUUCACCCCCAUCACCACCUUCACCAUUCCUCAGAGUUGUCUGGUCUUCCUACACCAGACUCGACCCCAGAACUGCCCAUCAAGAGCAUGAAAGCAUUCAAAAACCAGUGGGAAAAGAACCAGAAUUGCAACAAUGCCAAGGAACCAAAAUCCCAUAACAUUGGCUCCAGACCCAGCUCAGCUCUGCUUCACCAGCAGGUCUUCCCAUACUCCCAUGGCCUACCCAAUGGGCAGCCACUAGUUGGUCACCUCCAUCCAGAAGAACGCAAAAUCCACAAUGUUGAACGUGUGCUAUCUCAGCAACCCUACCCCGGUUAUUCCCAGAAGGUGAUGGAGGUAACCUCGCUGGAUGAGCUCUUGAAGCACAUUCACGAUGCAAGCAGCAGCAAGAACUCCCAGUUAAUGAGCCCGACAGGUCUGAUGGCCAGCGGUGGUGGAGGUCAGCUAGCAUUUGCCAACCGCAUCCAACCUCAGAUUCCUGAGACAGAAUCAGCCCCCUACUACAGCUCAUCCACUUUGCCCCGAGACAGCCUCACCCGACGCAUGGAUGUUCCUCCAGACAUUCCCCCGCACCACCAGUCCACCCUGGAGAGGAGGCACUCCUCCCAGAGGCACUCACUGAUUGCUGCAGCCACCAAGAUGCCUAAUGGAGGUGGAGGAGGAGGCGGCAUGAUCCCUCGCCAGCACAGCUUCAGCCAACGAAAUGGUCUGCCUCACCAGCCGCCUCCCCUCCUGGCGCGAAUGAAUUCAACGGGCAGCGCCUGUGAAGUUCACUACCCCCUCAUCCCUAAUGGGUACCUAACACGCCAACACAGCUACAAUGGCGAGCAGCAGGAGAUCCCCCACAGGGGAGCCAUUGUCCGCAGGGCCUCCUCUCUCAAACCCGACGUCCCUCCCAAGCCCUUGUUCAUACCUGCCACAUCCCCAGUCAAUCAACAGGGAAAGUUCAACUACUGAGGAGGUACACUCCUGAACUAGAGAGGAAGUCUCCCUCAUUGUGUCUUCUAAAAGGAACUUCCCUUUGAAGAAAUGCAGUGGGUUUGAGGUUGCAGACCUUCACAAGAAAACACAACCAAUAACGUGACAGCGAGUGUCACUGUGGACGAAAGCCUCAACCAAACUUGUUUUUUCCCCUCUUGUUUUUGUCCAACGAAUAUCUUUGUACCAUAUUGGUAUUGCUCAGCUACUUGCUUAUAAUAGAACUGCUGUCUCGGGUGACGUGAAGCACCUCCUUAUAUUAGGCUGCCAAUGUCCUCAGUGUGGAUUUACAAUGCAACUUAGUUUUUGGACACGUUGAUGUUGGAAAAACUUAACACAUCAGUCAUCUUGAAGAUUUAAAUGCCGGAGGCUCCUGCAAUGCUUAGAUUCAUGCUUUUGCUUAACCUUUUCUGAUGUAGUGUUGGUAACCAGUCCCCCCCACCCCCACCCUCGAAUGUGUUUAUAUUAUGCAUGUGUGUGUAUAUAUAUGUGUGUUUAUAUCCACACCGUAUAUGUAUACAUAUACAUAUGCAGUAUAUGUAACCUGUGGUGAAAAGUCAACAAAUUCCCCUGAAAGUAGUUAUGUCUUUGCCUUACUAUACUCUUUCAUCUUUGGGCAUAUCAAACAACCCCCCCCCACCACCACCACCUCCUAAGAAAUAUGUUGGGGACAUCAAAUCAUGCACUUCAUCAAAACAACUCAUUGUCAGUUGGAUAAAAACACUGAACCAAAUGUGUUCAUGUUGACAAGAGAAAGGAAAUACUUCAACUAAGCAGCUAUUCUCGUCUUCUAGCUCUUUUCUUUUCCCCUUCCAGCAGAUGUCCGGUCAGAAGUGAUGUAAUCGGGUCCAUUUAAGUUCCUCGAGAAUGUUUCUAUGAGAUUGGUGCUCCACAGAUCUAGUGGGUCUAACAUCCGCUGAAAUGGAAAUAAACAAUACUGUAUAUUUUGGACCCAAAGCAGAAGUUUAAAAUGCCAUGCCAUCUGGCAUUAUGAGAAUGAACUUAAAACCUAGAACGGACUGCAGUUAUUAUAAUUAUUAACUUUGUGGCUAUUGGUUGUAAAUAAAGGAAUUAUUACUAGCCCAAUUUUAACUGUAUGUGUAAAUGUGUGCCUUAUUUAAUAGUGUGUGACAUGGGGGUAGGAGUUAAUGCAAGAGGCUCAGAUGGCUACUAUGCUACAGUAUAUUGUAGGUGUUUCAUUUUCUAUGGUCGUCAGUAUGUGUCAUACAGUAUCUGUUGUAUAUUUGAAGAGUUUCAUUCCAGAAUGAGAUAUUUGUCUUUUAAAAAUGUGUCAGCUGUUCUGAUAACUGCAAGAAUGAUUGUAACUCUUACUAAUGAAUCAUAUCUUAUGUUAUAUCUUGAGUAUAUAUUUUUCUUUUUACAAAGUAAUAUUUUAAAAAUGAUCAUGUUAUUUUGAGAAAAAGUCUAGACACAUACGGUAUUUUGGAAUGAAACCUUUCAUUUCUCUUUGUUUUUUUAUUCUUUUUAGUUUGUUUCAUCCCAGAAGUGUGAGCCUGCUAUUUUUUGGGAGUGUUUGGCAAAACAAGUACACACAGCCUGAGACUGCAGACCUUCAGGUUCGACUGCCUCCGUAUUAUGUCACUUUCCACUGGGUGUCACUUUCCCUAUAGGUGCCAUUGUUUGCUUUUUUUUUU